AUGGGGUUCACUAACCAUUGUCAAUGCAUUUCUUUAGCUUUGAUCCUCAUUUUGGGAGCUUUGGCUUCUCAAGCUGCUGCUCGCACCCUCCAAGAUGUAGCAAUGGAUGAGAAGUACAUGCAAUGGAUGGCUCAUUAUGGACGUGUAUAUGAGAAUAAUUAUGAGAAAGAGAAGCGUUUAAAAAUAUUCAAAGAGAAUGUUGCAUACAUAGAAUCAUUUAAUGGUGCAGGAACCAAACCAUACAAGUUAGGAAUCAACCAAUUUGCAGAUCUUACAAAUAAAGAGUUCACAGCGACGCGAAAUAGAUUCAUGGGGCAUGAAUGCUCGACAAAGAUUUCUUCUUUCAAAUAUGAAAAUGUAACUGUGUUGCCUUCUGCAAUGGACUGGAGAAAGAAAGGAGCUGUAACACCCAUCAAAGACCAAGGCCAAUGUGGAUGUUGCUGGGCAUUUUCAGCAGUAGCAGCCAUGGAGGGAAUUACUAGAUUCGGGUUAUGGAAUUCAUACAUAAAGAAGGGUGCACUGCUAGCAUGUAUGACCUGA